CUAUAAGGAUAUAUUGCCUGGUGUUGACUGCAUGUCUGCCCUCGGUGAAGAGACUUAAGAUCCUUACAGGAAUGGAAAUAGACAGCAUAAGGGGAGGGAGAGAGAGAGAAGCUUAUGUUAAUCAUUCAACUAAUAGCAGUAAUUGAAUUACAGACAUUUAGAAGACUCGAGGUUCAAAUCUAAGACAGCAACCUAUUCUCAGCUUGUGUUUCCUUCUCUUUUAACUUUAUUUUGUGAACUCAGUGCUCAUUAGCCAUUAAACAAGCCUCGGGCUGAAGAGAUGAUGUGACAGGUGAAGAAGAAAUACUAGCUUUUAGUGUUUCAUAACCUUAAUUCAUUUGAUAUAAAUGUCAUUAAAAGUGGAAUUAGUGAAGGAAGUGAUGACAGGUCUACCGCAAGAUGUUUCAGAGUCUGGAAGAAUUCUGGAUCCUAUAGAGCCUGGGACAUUGUGGAAUACCCCACCAGAACUGGAGAAUAAUGGAAACCUUGGCAAGAUACCCACUGUAUAUGUACAGGAAACAGAGCCUCAGCUGGAUGUAAACAAAGACAGUAAAAGGGUAUUGCAAAGGACACCCAGUUUCGGAAAAACUGUCAAGUUUCUCUUGCCACCCGUCACUAUCGAUGAUAAUGUGCCCCAAGAGGACGAGAAGCAAUUCUAUAAAGCCAUCGAAGAUGUUCUGAAAUUUAGAGGUUACAAUUUUGAUGAACUUUUCUCUUCUGACCAAUGGAUAGACAUCACAGAUGACCGGCUUUUGAGAAAGAAAAUUCUAAAGCCAGGUUUUGCUGAAACGCCCCGCCCAGGUCAAGAGGUGACUGUUGCUAUUCUGGGGAUUUUGGAAAAUGGAAGUCUGGUUGAGAAAGAUCCCAAACUAUCCUUUGUCCUGGAUGAUGGAGAUGUAAUACAGGCCCUAGAGCUGGGAGUACGAUCAAUGCAGCUCGGAGAAGUGUCUUUUCUGCUAACAAAUGGCUUAUAUGCCUUCGGUCUUCUGGGAAGGGAUCCAGACAUCCCAUCGGAUGCCCCUCUAAUGUACAAAGUGAUUUUAACCCAUGUCAGAGACAAGCCCAGUCUAGGGGUUCUUACCACUACUGACCGUAUUACCCUUGCAAACCAGAAAAGGGAAUGUGGAAAUUUCCAUUUUGAGCGGGAAGAAUAUCGAAGUGCCAUGCACUCUUAUAGCCAAGCACUGAGCAUCCUCAUUCUACCCACUGCAGAACCCCUGAGCUCAGAGGAAGAAGAGGAGAUUCGUGAACAUAGAAUCAAGUGUCUGAAUAACCUGGCAGCUGCCCAACUCAAGCUUCAUCACUACGAUGACGUCAUUAAUUCCUGCAAUGCAGUCCUGGAGAUGGAUACCGAAAAUGCAAAGGCACUUUAUAGGAAAGGCAAGGUGCUAUCAGAGAGAGGAGAGUAUGAAGAAGCCAUGUCUGUUCUAAAAAGAGCACUUAAAUUGGAGCCAACAACAAAGGCCAUUCAUGCAGAGCUUUCCAAGCUGGUAAGGAGACAAAAAGGACAGCCUGAAAUCACCAAAUCCCCAGUGAGACUUAAACCCAAAGCUCAUCUCAAGCUUAGAGAUGACUUAAAUCCGCUUAAACGUCACAGCACAAAGCAGAGGGUGACCUACAAGAGGCUACUAAUAGGUGCCGUGGCUGCAGCUUUGCUAAGUUUGCUGGCAAUGUUCAUACUAAAACUUAACAGAUGAAUAUCAACAGUCUUGGACAUUAUUUACACCUGUAUUCCUAACAUUAUAUGCACCUUCAGAUAAAUAUGGCAUGGAGUCAUAUCUGGAAUAUACAGAGUGAGAUUUCUUGAGUAGAGGACAUCUACUGCAAAUAAGAAAGCUUGUCUGAAGGAUUCUGCCCAUCAGCUUAAAAAGAAUGACGUGAUGUACAGUUUAUAAGUAAGCCUCGCAAUAGAUAAUAUAUUCUAUUUAUUCAAAGGAAAUGUGUGUUUUAUAUGGAAUAUGACAUUUAUUCGGUCAGUACAGCAGAAUUUUGGGCAUUCUGGCACAGUCACUGUAAAGGCCCAUACACACGAUCAGACUUUUUGACAACAAACCUCCGAUGGACCUGUUUAUGCAGAAAA